UGAGGGUCCCGCGGCCGCGGUGCUCCGGCCUCUCUGCGCACCCCCGCCUGUCCCCGCCGCCGUCGCGCUCCCCCAGGACGGCCCGCGGCGUCCGCCACCCUGCCCGCGUCCCCGGCCGCCCGGCGCCUCCUCCAUGGACGCCAGGAGCCUGGCGGCGGAGGAGAGGGGCCUGCGCUGUCAGAACCCCGGCUGCAUGGACAAGGGGCGAGCGGCCAAGGUAUGCCACCACGCAGACUGCCAGCAGCUGCACCGCCGGGGGCCCCUCAACCUCUGCGCGGCCUGUGACAGCAAGUUCCACAGCACCAUGCACUAUGACGGACACGUCCGCUUCGACCUGCCCCCCCAAGGCUCCGUCCUGGCGCGGAACGUGUCCACCCGGUCAUGCCCCCCGCGCACCAGCCCCGCCGUGGACUUGGAGGAGGAGGAGGAAGGCCUGAUGGACGGCAAAGGGGACCGGAAGAGCACAGGCCUGAAACUCUCCAAGAAGAAAGCCAGGAGGAGACACACAGAUGACCCAAGCAAGGAGUGCUUCACCCUGAAGUUCGACCUGAAUGUGGACAUCGAGACGGAGAUUGUGCCCGCCGUGAAGAAGAAGUCGCUGGGGGAGGUGCUGCUGCCCAUAUUCGAAAGGAAGGGCAUCGCGCUGGGCAAGGCGGACAUCUACCUGGACCAGUCCAACACGCCCCUGUCCCUGACCUUCGAGGCCUACAGGUUCGGGGGCCACUACCUGCGGGUCAAAGCCAAGCCGGGGGACGAGGGCAAGGUGGAGCAGGGGGUGAAGGACCCCAAGUCCCUGAGCCUGCCAAUCCUGCGGCCAGCGGGGGCCGGGCCCCCGGCCCCGGAGCGCGUGGACCCGCAGAGCCGCCGCGAGAGCCUGGACAUCCUGGCCCCUGGCCGCCGCCGCAAGAACAUGUCGGAGUUCCUGGGGGAGGCGAGCAUCCCCGGGCAGGAGCCCCCCACGCCGUCUAGCUGCUCCCUGCCCAGCGGCAGCAGUGGCGGCGGCAGCGUCAGCGACAGCUGGAAGAACCGGGCCGCCAGCCGCUUCAGCGGCUUCUUCAGCUACGGCCCUGGCUCCAGCACCUGCGGCCGGGAGGUGGACAAGAUGGAGCAGCUGGAGAGCAAGCUGCACGCCUACGGCCUCUUUGGGCUGCCCCGGCUGCCCCGGAGGCUGCGCUUUGACCACGACUCGUGGGAGGAGGAGGGGGACGAGGAAGAGGACGAGGAUGACGCCGGCCCGUGGCUGGAGGACAGCUGGCGGGAGCUCAUUGACGGGCAUGAGAAGCUGACCCGGAGGCAGUCCCACCAGCAGGAGGCAGUGUGGGAGCUCCUGCACACCGAGGCCUCCUACAUUAAGAAACUGCGGGUGAUCACUAACCUGUUCCUGUGUUGCCUCCUGAACCUGCAAGAGUCGGGGCUGCUGUGUGAGGUGGAUGCGGAGCGUCUGUUCAGCAACAUCCCCGAGAUCGCGCGUCUGCACCGCAGUCUGUGGGCCAGUGUGAUGGCGCCGGUGCUGGAGAAGGCGCGGCGCACGCGGGCGCUGCUGCAGCCCGGGGACUUCCUCAAAGGUUUCAAGAUGUUCGGCUCCCUCUUCAAGCCCUACAUCCGGUACUGCAUGGAGGAGGAGGGCUGCAUGGAGUACAUGCGUGGCCUGCUGCGUGACAACGACCUCUUCCGGGCCUAUGUCACGUGGGCCGAGAAGCACGAGCAGUGCCAGCGGCUGAAGCUGAGCGACAUGCUGGCCAAGCCGCACCAGCGGCUCACCAAGUACCCGCUGUUGCUCAAGUCAGUGCUGAGGAAGACGGAGGAGCCCCGCGCCAAGGAGGCCGUCGUCACCAUGAUCAGCUCUGUGGAGCGCUUCAUCCACCAAGUGAACACGUACAUGCGACAGCGACAGGAGCGGCAGCGGCUGGCGGCCGUGGUGAGCCGCAUCGACGCGUACGAGGUGGUGGAGGGCAGCAACGACGAGGUGGACAAGCUCCUGAAGGAGUUUCUGCAUCUGGACCUGACGGGGCCCAUCCCUGGGGCCUCCCCCGAGGAGACCCGUCAGCUGCUGUUGGAGGGGAGCCUGAGGAUGAAGGAGGGGAAGGACAGCAAGAUGGACGUGUACUGCUUCCUCUUCACGGACCUGCUCUUGGUGACCAAGGCCGUGAAGAAGGCCGAGAGGACCAAGGUCGUCAGGCCGCCACUGCUGGUGGACAAGAUCGUGUGCCGGGAGCUGCGGGACCCCGGCUCCUUCCUCCUCAUCUACCUGAACGAGUUCCACAGCGCCGUGGGGGCCUACACGUUCCAGGCCAGCGGGCAGGCUCUGUGCCGAGGCUGGGUGGACUCCAUUUACAACGCCCAGAACCAGCUGCAGCAGCUGCGUGCGCAGGAGCACCCGGGCGGCCAGCAGCGCCUACAGAGCCUGGAAGAGGAGGAGGACGACCAGGAGGAGGAUGAGGAAGAGGACGAGGAGGAAGAGGAAGGCGGGGAGAGCAGCGCUUCGGCUGCCAGUUCCCCCACCAUCCUGCGUAAAAGCAACAACAGCCUGGACUCCCAGCACUGUGCCUCGGACGGCUCCACGGAGACCCUGGCCAUGGUGGUGGUGGAGCCCGGGGACACGCUGUCCUCCCCCGAGUGCGAGCACGGCCCCUUCAGCUCCCAGUCGGACGAGACGUCUCUCAGCACCACAGCCUCGUCGGCCACGCCCACCAGUGAGCUGCUGCCCCUGGGUCCUGGGGACAGCCGCUCCUGCUCCAUAGACUCUGCCUACGGCACCCUGUCCCCCACCUCCUUGCGAGACUUUGUGACCCCCGCCCCCGCGGUGGAGCCAGCGCCGCGGCUCCCAGAGUCACCACGAGACCCUUCCCCCUCCCCCUCGCCCCGCCUUCGCCGCCGCACCCCUGUCCAGCUGCUGCCCCAUCUGCCCCGCCUGCUCAAGUCCAAAUCCGAGGCCAGCCUCCUGCACCUGCUGUCAGGGGCGACCACCCGUGGAGCGCCGCCCGCCCCCAGCCGCAGCCUGUCGGAACUCUGCUUGGCUACCGCAGCCACGGGCACGAGGACUCCUGGCUCCCCGCGGGGGGCUGGGCCCAGCUGGGGCUGCGGGGGCGCCCGAAGCCCCGGCCGUGGCUCCCAGCCAUCGGAGAUGGAGGACGGACCCCCCUACCUGGCUGGGAAGCCUGGAGGGCCCGAGCAGAGGAGCAGAGACCCGCCCUCAGGGGCCUCACCCAGGGCCCAGCCGGAGCCCCCCCCAGGGAUCUCUGCCCAGCACCGGAAGCUGACGCUGGCCCAGCUCUACCGAAUCAGGACCACCUUGCUGCUUCACUCCACGCUCACUGCCUCGGAGGUCUGAGCAGAGGGAGGCCCCCGAGGGUGCCGCCGGACCGCAGGACAGCAGACAGCAUGCCUUCUGGGGCGCGCCAGCCCCUGUCCCUGCUGCCGCCGUGUGUGCGGGCAGGAGCAGAGUGCUGGGCCGGAUCCCCGCCGCCCCCCCAGCCCGGGCUGGUCUGCACUUUGCCGGAUGGGAAGGAGACGGAGGAGGGCCUGGCGGAGUCCCAGGCCCGCCGCAGUGCCCCUCAGGACCACCCCCCACAGCCGCCAACUUCACUAACCCGCCCCCACCCCCCACCCUCCAUUCCGUGUCCGCUGCUCCCCGAAGUUACCAGCUCUGAUCCACUGGGCCGGUCUCCCAGGCUGCCCCCCUCCACCCUCAUCUGGCCCCAAGGGGGCAUUUGCCUGCCUCGCUGCCCUCUCUCCCUCCCGGACGGUUCUGCCGGCCACGCCAGGCUUGGGUCGGGCGCUCUGUAAAGUUGCGUAUUUAUUGAGCUUUUCAUUCUUUUAUAAAGACUUGUAUAUACUCCACUGAGAAGAGUCCUUUGCUUUUGGAGUCCGCCCCUCCCAGGACACAGGUGCACCGAGCCCCCGCCCCUCCCUCUGCGGGGUAGGGCACCCCUGG